ACAAAUUUUGUGACACUGCCUAGUGCUGGCGCAAGCCAAUUUACUGAUGUCAUUUGAAACAAAGAGAUAAGACUAUAAAAUAUAUUGAUCUUAUCGGAAUAAAUCCUGGAAAUUAAGUUUUCUGCUAUAUUUAGCUCGGCCAGAAUCUUCACGAUUCGAAAAUCUUCGCUCACACCGCUCGAAAAAAUAAUUUCCAAUUGUCGUAUUUUCUUCGCUCCUCGUGGACUUUUGGCCUGUGCUGUAAUUAAUUUUUAAAAAACGUUUCUGUUCUGAAUGAUUACAUUUGCUUUGCUUGUAAUAAAAUGCCACUUGAAGAAAUGUUGUCACCUGAGAGAUACAAUAAGGAGGUGCAGAGAGCUUCGAGCUGUUAAUUUCACGCUCACAAAAUGACGCGCUCGCGGAAAAAGAAUACCUUCUUGUCAUACCUUGGCCAUAAACUUCGAAAUUAAUUUGUAUCGAAAAUGAUCUCCAAGUACUUCUUGGUGAUCACGGCGGUAGUACUAGGAAAUUUUGUUCACGGUGCGAUGAGGUUCGACCGUUUACCAGGCAGGCACAGGCUUGAGGGAGCCAAGCGAUGCGCUUGCUCUUGUGGCCUGAUGAACCGUCGCCGGGAGAGGCUGGUGGGCGGAGAGUACGCUGAGUUCAACGAGUACCCGUGGGUGGUGGCACUGCUGCUUAAAGGCCACUACUACUGUGGUGGCACUCUCAUUAGUGACAGAUAUGUGCUCACUGCAGGGCACUGCGUCAGAGGAGUCAACGUGAAGAGCCUAAAAGUGAUGGUGGGCGAACACAUGCGCAGCUUCCCCAUCGAGACCCGCAGUAAAGCCUACCAAGCGGUGCACUACGUUGUGCAUCCUAACUUCAACCACAGCAACUUCGAGAGCGACAUUGCCUUAGUCAAGUUAUCGGACAAAGUUCCUUACAAGUGGUAUGCAAGGCCGGCUUGUCUACCUCUACCAAAACGCGAUUACGUGGGCCAGUUGGGACUGGUCGCUGGCUGGGGACGGACGACCGAGAAGGGGGAGCCGUCAGAUCUGCUGAAGGAGAUCCUCGUACCGAUAUUUUCUAACGCAGGAUGCCGGCAGCUGCGCUACAGCGACCACGAGAUCUCCGACAACAUGAUGUGUGCAGGCUUCACCAAGGGCGGCACCGACUCCUGUCAUGGAGACAGUGGAGGGCCUCUCAUGAUACGAGGCAAGGAUAAAAAAGUCACUGUCAUUGGACUAGUGUCAUGGGGCGAGGGCUGCGGCAGACAAGGCUUCCCCGGCGUGUACACUCGCGUCGAAAAAUUCUUGCCGUGGAUUGAGGAGAACACGCGCGACAGUUGCUACUGCGGUAGCCGUACUGGUCGCGGGUUAUGAUGC